GCAGAUGCUGCACUCAGCCGGCGAUAAUGGCGGCCUCGGAGAGAAGCACGAAGGAGAAGUUGCUGGCUGUGCUGGAUGAUCUGGAAGUAUUGUGCAGAGAGCUGAUCGAACUGCUUGCAUUGUCCAGAAACCAGAAAAUUGCACAGCCAGGAGAGGAAAAUCAGAUCCUGACUCUGUUGAUUCAGAAGGAUGGAGAAUUCCAAGAAAUAGUAAGAGUAGCGUUGGAACAAGGCAAAAUCCAAGAGGAAAUGCACCUUCUGGAGAAAGAGGUGGAAAAAAGAGAUGGUGACAUCCAGCAGUUACAGAAACAGCUCAAAGAGGCUGAACACAUAUUAGCAACUGCUGUGUAUCAAGCCAAAGAGAAGUUAAAAUCAAUAGAGAAGGCAAGAAAAGGUGCCAUCUCAUCUGAAGAGCUUAUCAAGUACGCACAUCGAAUAAGCGCCAGUAAUGCUGUAGCAGCUCCAUUAACAUGGGUUCCAGGUGAUCCACGAAGACCUUACCCUACUGAUCUGGAAAUGAGGAGUGGUCUUUUGGGACAGCAAAGUAAUCUUUCUACCAAUGGGGUGAAUGGACAUUUACCUGGAGAUGCAUUGGCUGCAGGCAGAUUACCAGAUGUACUUGCACCUCAGUACCCAUGGCAGUCAAAUGACAUGUCCCUCAACCUAUUGCCUCCAAACCACAGCAAUGAUUUUAUGCUGGAGCCUCCUGGACAUAACAAAGAGAAUGAAGAUGAUGUGGAAGUUAUGUCAACUGAUUCUUCAAGCAGCAGUAGUGACUCUGACUGAAACAAAGAGAACAUGUCUUUUUUAGUUCAAUGUUUGGACUUAUACCAUUGGAAAAUAUUUUUGUUUCUCCCACUGCCUACUCCUUCCCAUCUAAUACUGAUGAUGCUGACCUGGUACAGGUACAUCAAGAGAAUGUAUUUUGACAAGCAUUGCGAUUAGAUAGGUAAAGUUCUGCUUAAAAGACAUCUUUCCCCCCAGUGUUGAGCUCACUUUCCAAUGUGAAUAUAUAGUAAGAAACCGAGCAUUAAUUUAUUCUACAGACCUUCAUACCCAAUACAAAAGGCCAAAUAAUUGAUUUAUGGUUUGACAUUACUAUUUAACAUUUUCCCUACAGACUAUUUUAAUUGCAUAACAAUGCAGCAAGGAGAACUGAAAAAAUGGUAAUUUACAACAGGAAAGUACUGUACAGUAAAAACAAGAGCUGCAACAAAUGCAAGUUACUGAGAAUUAAAAACAUUUUCAUAAAGCAACAGUUUAAGCUGGUGAUAACGUGAGGAAAAGGAAACCAUAACCUUUUCAAGAGGAGAGAUUUAUAAUUUCUGAAGUGGACUGGCAGUUUUAGAACUGCCUUUUUGCCUCUGUUUGGCACUUGAAACCCAAACCCAGUUUGAUGACAUAGAAAUCUGCUCCAUGUACAUGUUCCAAUCACCCUCAGUGAAAUUAGUUGGGGCUAUCAUAAUGGCUAUAGGUACAAGAAUAAAACUAGCUGUAAUUUGAUACUUCAGCAGUGAAGCACAAAAGGUCACUGUCAUGGACGUUGAAGGAGGUAGGAGAAUUUGCAUCUGCUGCAACAAGAAUUAUUGUUCUGAGAUUGUGUUAAAGCACACUAUUGAGAGAGGGUGGAUGGAACCGUACUUUGUAUCUUGCUGUGUCAUGCCUGCCUGACAAUGAAUGAUUGUUGCCAGCAGAUGCCUAAAAUGUUUAUUGACCUCAUCUACCUUCUCCAAAAUUGACAUCGAUAAGCCCCAAAAAGACUUUAUUAAAGGCAAUUAGAUGGAUUAUUUCAUUGUGACAUUAAAAUGAUCUUUCUACAAUAACAAAAACUAAAACAGUUGUAAACAUUGUUUGAGAUGUACAUUUCAUAGUAUAACUGUGAUUUCUAUAUUGUAAAUAAAAAUAGAAAACUGUCUUUUA